AUCUGAUUUUCUUUCUCGGGAAUUUGAACCGGAUGGAACAUUGGCUACUUUAUUGUGAGAAGAUAAGUGAGAACAUGCACCAGCCUGAAGACACCCCGACUCCCAGCAGGCAGCUCCUGGAGCUCCUCGGGAGUCAAAGUCUUUCAUGUUCCAGUCCCCUUGAGGUCAGCGGUACCAGUUACUAACUGACAACUUCAUGGGGCUCUGUUUCUGGGUUGAUGUGAUUCCCGAGACUGAGAUAUUACUUUUUCUUAUUCCAAAGUGCAGCCUGGAAUAAACAUCCCGGGCUACUUGAGGUAACCUCUACCCUGCCGCAAUGGGCCUACUGCCGAGGAGGCGCAGCAGAAGGGAAGCGACGGCGGUGGGGUAACCAUCCUUUGGGAUGCGGCGCCUCCCUCUGAGGGAGUCCAGCAGCUACGAGGGAAUCCUGGUGUGCUGGGGCGCAGCCAUCCACCGGUUACAGCUGCAGGGGAGAGAGUGUCCCACGUGCGGCGGGGUCUGGUGCAGCCGAGCACAUCUUCCGGGGCGGGAAGGCAGAAUCGGCAUCACGAAAAGCCCGGCCCUUCGAACGCCCAAGAAGGACCUUUCUAAGGGCCCAACACCCCCGGAAACCCAGAACCGGGAGCCCCCAUCGCGGGAGACGCAGCCCCGAGGGCGGAAGACCCCUGGCCAGCGUCCCCCGGAGUCCUCUGGGAAGCGGCGUACGGUGUCGCGAGCCGCGCCCUGCGGAGGAUUCUGGGAGUUGUAGUUCAGCCUCGAGUUCGGGCAGGCGCGACCGGGCCCGGCCGGCUCCUAGAUGUCUUUGUCGUCUGACCCGGCUUCUUCCGUGUCGGGCGUGAGGUCGAGCCUGGGGUCGAACAGGACUGAGCGUGUGUCCUUCUAAGUCUCAGUGGCCGGAAGGAGGGCGGCGGGAGGGCCCCCGGGUCGGGGGCGCAGGCUGCCCCGCGAGGGUCGCGCGUGUUCCCCGCCCCUGGGUGGGCGACCUCCCUCCCAGCCCCCGGGCCCCUCGCGCGUUCGCUGCGCCUUUCUCUGCGGCGGGAGUCACCUGCGCGGGCCGGGAGAGAGUCCCAGGGAGCCGGGGGGCAGAGGUGAGAAUUUGGGAGGGGUGCGGGCGCGGUGCCUGCUGGAGAGUAAAAGGAGAAAGGCUGCCCUCUGGCUGGGGCAGGCUCGGGAAGGAGAAGCGUCCUGUCUCUGUGUGAGAGAGCCCCUUCUUGCUGGUUAUCCUCACGUUGGGGUUUUCAGGGAGAGCCCGCCGCCUGCCUUGCCCUGCUGGUCUUUAGGAUGAUGUGCGCCUCCCCUGCCCCCCAAAUCAGCAGAUCUGACUAUUUGGCUUUUGAUAAUGACUUCCUUUUGUCCUCACAGGAACCCCAUGAGGCAGUAGGAUACCCAUCUGGCAGAUGGGGCAAGUGAGGAUUCGAGAAGUCACAGGAUUUCUUCAGAAUCCUGGAUUUUUUCCCACAAGACCCAUCGCAUUUCUGAGAAAGCCAGUGUUCUCUCUGAAAAGACAACGUUUAAAAAGAAUUUAGUGUUCGUUCAUCCUGUGAGCCUCGAAUAGAACAGGGAUGAAUCGUUAAGUGAGGCACCGACUGACACAAGAGACUUUGAGUGUUAUUUGACUAUCACUCAGCAGAUGAAAGAUACAAAUAUGUAUUUAGUUUAUGUGUCCAGAUUCUCAUAGCAGAGUUCUACUGGAGGUUAAGGGCGGAGGAGGAUGGGAGGAACCUGAGGCAGCAAGGUCAUGGCUGUCUUGAUUCAGGGAUGUUGUGGGAUUGUCCCUUGGUUCCCUGUGUCAGCUCUUCUUAGGUGACAAGUAGCUGCAUAUGACAGUUUCUGCGAGUUUACGGGAAGGCAAGAGUAAUUAUCAUGAUUUCUAUCUUCACGUCUAGGGUCACUUUCUGAGGACUUAGACCUUCCUGGUGCUGGAAACCCAAAAUAGCAUGACCACUGUGCUGCUGACCAUUGCGUCCCAGGAGUCGUCGAUGGUCAGGGAUAUGGCUGAGGCUCUCCCCAAGUGGGGGCAGCUGAACCCUCCUCAGGGAGAUGCGCCCAAGAAGCAUAGGAAUCUGGUCUUGCUGGGGCUUCCAAUUUCCAAGCCUGAUGUAAUCUCUCCGUUGGAGUGUAAGGAGGAACUGGAGAGAGAAAUCCCAAAAGCGACUGGUCCAGACUGGGAGACAAAACCAGAAAGCAAGGAGCAAACUCCAAAGCAGGACAUUUCUGAAGAAGCAUCAGCCCCUGGGGUGUUAAUAGAUAGAUUUCCAAAGGAAAGUUCCGGUGAAUGUGAGGAUUCUUUAGAGAGUCAGCAGGAAAACCAUGAGAAACAUUUAAUGCAAGAGGUUGUCGCUCAGAAGAGAUCUUCUGGGGAGAGAAGUUACCAGUGUGGUGAAUCUGGAAGAAAUUUUAGUUGGAGAUCAUUACAUGUUCAACAGCAAGAAGAAAGACUACAUAAUUGUGAUUCAUUCAAAAAGAACUUAAAACGAAAUGCAGAUCUAACGAGGCAUGAGAAGAUUUGUACAGGAAAGAAACCGUGGAAGUGUAAUGAGUGUGAGAAGGCCUUUAGUUACUACUCAGCUUUUGUCUUGCAUCAGAGAAUUCACACAGGAGAAAAACCUUACGAAUGUAACGAAUGUGGUAAAGCCUUUAGCCAGAGCAUACACCUUACUCUACACCAGAGAAUUCAUACUGGAGAGAAACCGUAUGAAUGUCACGAAUGUGGGAAAGCUUUCAGUCACCGCUCAGCCCUUAUUCGGCAUCAUAUAAUUCAUACUGGAGAGAAGCCCUAUGAAUGCAAUGAAUGUGGGAAGGCCUUUAAUCAGAGUUCAUACCUCACUCAACAUCAGCGAAUUCAUACUGGAGAGAAACCUUAUGAGUGUAAUGAAUGUGGGAAGGCCUUCAGCCAAAGCACAUUCCUUACCCAGCAUCAGGUCAUUCACACUGGAGAGAAACCAUAUAAGUGUAAUGAAUGUGGAAAAGCCUUUAGUGAUCGAUCAGGCCUUAUUCAGCACCAGAGAACUCAUACUGGGGAGAGGCCUUAUGAGUGUAAUGAAUGUGGGAAGGCCUUUGGCUACUGUUCAGCCCUGACUCAACACCAGAGAACUCACACUGGGGAGAAACCCUAUAAAUGCAGUGAUUGUCCCAAAUCCUUCAGUGACCGCUCAGCCCUUGUUCGUCAUCAGAGAACACACACUGGAGAGAAACCUUACAAAUGUAAGGAUUGUGGAAAAGCUUUCAGCCAGAGCUCAUCUCUUACAAAGCAUCAGAAAACUCACACUGGAGAAAAACCCUACAAAUGUAAGGAAUGUGGAAAAGCUUUCAGCCAGAGUUCAUCCCUUUCUCAACAUCAGAAAACCCAUGCUGGAGGGAAAACCGGGGAAUAUGGAAAAUCCUUUAGUGAGCAUUCAGCCUUUAGCCAGCAAAAGAGAAUUCAUACUGGAUAAAGAUUAUAUAAAUGUAGUACAUUCAGAGCAUAUUUAUUGAACAAUUACUAUACAUGCUGUGAGGGCUACAAAGGAAUUUAUGACUGUUACAAAAAAGAUAGUCAUUGAGAAGUCAUUGUUGAUAUGGGACAUAGCUGACAGAAUGUGAAAGAGGAGUUUUACAUUUUUUAAAGUGUUCUAAUGGAGGACACUGAAUUUCCCUGGGGAAAGAAGGAAAUUAUUUCCAAUACCCUAAUGUGUAUGUAAGCUACCUAAUCCUUGAGAGAGAAAUAGGGUAUGCCAUGAUGGAAAGAAGACAUCUUGGCUGGGCUGGGUAGUCUCAUAAUGCUAAGGGGAUGAGAUUUUACAGGGAUAAGUGCUUUUGGGGAAAUUACAGGGGUAGAAAUCAAGAGAUUGAGAAUUCACAAUGAGUGUGUCCAGGCUUGGAGGUGGCAGUGGAAGGGAAGUUGUCCCUAGUCUUUAUUACAAGGGCACUGAAGAGGUAGGCAGAAAGGAUAGAGAAAAAGAGCUGGGGGAAUGAACUCAAGAAAUGAUGGAGAAAACUAUUCAAACAAAUACAACCAGGAAAAGUAUUAGUCAGACUUGUUAGUUGGUCAGUUGCAAAGUUUCCACCCUGAAGCCUAGGAACGUUGGCCUGGCAGUCCACUUCUGCACUUUUUGUCUUUUCGACCUUGCAUAUUGAGAUGUCACCUACUAAGAAUCACAUUAACUCCAAGGGUCAAGACGGACAGCCUAGAAAGGGAGAGUACAGAAGAGACCUUUGAUGUUUUCAGUCUGUUAAGCUAUCUGAGUUACCUGAGAAUGUGCUUAUUUAUAAAGAUUUACCUCAGUUGUAUGUAGUUUGUACUUAGACUUUUUCAUACCAUAGUAAAAUUUAGUUGUGGACCUGAGCUGACACUGCAUAUUAGAUUGUGAAAACUUGAAAAGACUGAAA